UCCUAACAGUUACACCAAUUGCCUCUAACUUUUACCCUCAUCCAUCAAUUGAGUUCACGAUGUUCUCUCUGAGGACUGCGCAGCCAGCGCAGUCUCUUUUCCGCGCUGCGACAAAUACUUACUCGACAUCUCUCCCUCGCUCCGCAAUUGCUGCUAGAUCAUUCGCUACCGUGCAAUCGGACAUCUUCAAGCCUACCAAAUAUGGCGGCAAAUACACAGUUACGCUGAUCCCAGGCGACGGCAUCGGUACGGAAGUAGCAGAAUCAGUGAAAACGAUUUUCAAAGCCGAUAAUGUACCAAUUGAGUGGGAGCAGGUCGACGUUAGCGGGUUGGACGCCGGGAAUAAACAUUCGGAAGAUUUGUUCAAAGAAUCUAUUGCCUCGCUGAAGCGCAACAAGCUCGGUCUCAAGGGUAUCCUUCACACCCCAGUUGAGCGAUCCGGCCAUCAAUCGUUCAAUGUUGCCCUACGUCAGGAACUAGACAUCUAUGCGUCUAUCGUUUUGAUCAAGAACAUUCCCGGCUACAAGACCAGGCAUGACAAUGUCGACCUCUGCAUUAUCCGUGAAAAUACCGAAGGCGAAUAUUCUGGCCUCGAGCAUCAGUCUGUCAGCGGCGUCGUCGAAUCUCUCAAGAUAAUUACUCGUGCCAAGUCAGAACGAAUUGCCAAGUUUGCAUUUAGCUUUGCUCUGGCCAACAACCGCAAGAAGGUUACCUGCAUCCACAAGGCCAACAUCAUGAAAUUGGCCGACGGCCUUUUCCGCUCCACCUUCCAUAAAGUUGCCGAAAGCUACCCCACUCUAGAAACGAAUGAUAUGAUUGUGGAUAAUGCAUCUAUGCAAGCGGUUGCUCGUCCUCAGCAGUUUGACGUCAUGGUUAUGCCCAACCUUUACGGCGGAAUCCUCUCCAACGUUGGAGCUGCUCUCGUCGGUGGCCCCGGUAUUGUACCUGGUUGCAACAUGGGUCGCGAUGUGGCUGUCUUCGAACCGGGAUGUCGACACGUUGGACUUGAUAUUAAAGGAAAGGAUCAAGCUAACCCCACAGCCUUGAUUCUUUCUGGAUCCAUGCUCCUGCGCCACUUGGGUCUCGAUGAGCAUGCCAACAGAAUCUCUAAGGCAGUUUAUGACGUGAUCGGAGAAGGUGUCACCCGCACGCGCGAUAUGGGUGGUCAAGCUUCCACCCAUGAAUUCACCCGUGCUGUCCUCGAUAAGAUGGAAUCAGCUCUGUAAAAAGCGAGACAAAAAAUAUCCCCUCCAGCUAAACCUAACGCGUCUAGCUAUCGUUUCCUCCACCAACGCACUACUCAAAAGAAGCAAAAACCCAAGGCUGAACAUUCCUUUCGAUGGAGAAAAGCCAAAAAUAAUAAAUUCGAGACUGCAUAACGACACGAAACUAUGAAGCCCCGCACUUACUCCUCGCUCCUAUACCACCAAAAAAGAUAAGAAAGUCGAGAAUGAUUUCUCAUUUUCACACUAUGUAUAUUUUAUUUUUCGUCUGUUACAAAAAUCCUUUAGAAUCUACAAUUACACAUGGGCUACUUUUGCUUGUCUUGUCCUGUAUAUAUUAGUGAUUAGACAUCUUUUCUCCACCUUUCCCAUUCCGUUCACCGGAAACCCACCUCUCAUCCCAAUCCCCACACCUAGCCCAUCAAUCAUGAGAGGAACGGGUCAGGAGGUGAAAUUGGAGUAUAUGGAACGAAACCCCUAAGUUGACUCCAUACUCAAUAUUUAUUCCUUCUCUCCAAGUUUGUUCAUUGUUUCCCUUCUCCCUUCUCGGUUUUGCCCUGUAGCACCCUUAGCACAACAUAUAAACUGUAUAUGUCCAGCGGCAUGACAUUUGCCAUUCGCCAGCUUUAUGUUUUAGUACUCUCUGUUUCUUAUGUGCAUAGAAAUUUUAUCUAUACCUGUC